AUGCCUUUAUCGCUCUUGCGACCUUCACACUUCCCACUUGCUGUAAUUGGAGUCGCGGCAUGCUCUCAAACGGAAACGCUUUCUUCUACAUUUUCUCAGUUUAAUGCUUCCUUGCUCGAUAUCUUUCCCUCAGGCGCGAUCUUUCCGCUUGCGAGAACUUGUUUUGUGUUUGAGGAAAGCGACGGGGAUACAACGCUUGACCUCACCGAAUGCCCGCCAGGUUUGGUCGUCCUACCCAGCAUGAUGGGGAAUAAAAAACUUUACAUUGGCACCUUGUUGGCGGAUCUUUGCUCUCAAAUACUGGGAGAAGUGGGAGUGCUGGUUCAAGCAAUGGAAAGUCCUCUAGGAAAUGAAUAUCUUAAUGCCUCGUUAAUGCCAAUACUCCCCCCGCUCUCCGACAUUCCUUCACCAUUGGAUAGGGGAGAUUCUACAAUUCAGCUUACUUCGCACAAUAGUCAGCCCGAAAUGUCGAGAGCAAGUUUCAAUCUGACCGCUCCACCGCCGAUGAAGCGCAAUGUGUCGUCAGGUCCAGCCUUUCGCCAGUCAACCCUUGGAAUCCAGGCACCCAAAAAACGUUUGAGCACGAUUGGAACUAGCUCUUCUCAUGGUAGACUUUACAAGGUGCUCGGUGAUUUUUUUCUUUUGGCAGGUCGGAUAGAAGACGCAACUAUCUGGUACAUGGAAGCCAUACAGCUUUUCAGAGGCUCGAAUGAUUCCGUGUGGCAUGCAGCAACACUCGAAGGGAUGGCAACGAUUCUUAUCAUCGAGGCCUGGUCUGCUGGACAUGGCUUACAUGAUUCCACAGUCCCUUCGAAGGAACCCUGGGUCGAAGUUUGCGAGAAAUUGACUCAAGCAACAGCUCUGUAUCACAAGUCGUCUACAUCGGAUGGGGAGCAGAUCCACUCACUUUUGACAUACCUGUUCUGCUCCUGUGUUCUUCGUCACUCAUUCCUCCUUUACUCUGUCUGGUCAGCAAAGGGAUGGGGUCCGCCCGCAUUUACCGCAAUGUUGCAACCUGGAACUCGACCAUACUUUCCAGCUACGUUGUCAAGUAUGCACCAUGACGCCUGGGUCGAUUUGGAGCGGUUAAGUUCUAUCUCGGGAGUAUCUCGCUCAUCUAUUUCAGCCACUCUUUCCCAACUGCAUGGUCCAUGGCUUCUACACUUGGGCCCCAGGGAACGGGUGUCCAUUCUUGAGGCUAUGGCUUCCAUAUACUCUUGUUUGGGGUAUAUGCGCAAGGAAGCAUACAUAUUGCGUGAGGUUCUGGGUUGCCUUUUGGACCUCAUGGUGUGCGGACGAGAGGAAGAUGGGUUUUCAGACCCUUCGAGUGUCGCAUCAAGUGCAGGUUUGGGCAUCCAACCUAUGUCUGGGGUUGGGGCUGGUUGGGGUAAUGUUGGCGUCAGGCUUAGUGAAAGCGUGGAUGGGAACGGCAGUAUUCUGCGUCUCCUCGUAUAUGUUUGUCAGGUGCUGGGCAUCGACCUCGAGGCCGUUCAAAUGAUCAACUCGGUUGACAGGGUGGCUUCUUUGGCUAAUGACAAGGAAUCGAUUUUGAAGUAUGAAGAAGAAAUCAUCGAAGGGUUUCAGGAGCCAUACGGAUGGCCUGAGCUGCAAGUGGGUGUUGUUAGAGAGGCUGUUGCAGUCGCAGAAGCACUACCUGGUGAGCAAUGUCACGUAUUCUUGCCUAGGAAUGACAAGAACUCUCUCUCAGACUUUCCUUCCGUUGCGCAGUUUGCGCUCUCUUCCUUGAAAAUUCUACAGUCUGUAUUAUCUCCCGGAGAUCAGUUUCACCUUUAUUCCACGUCUACGCGGGCAUUGAUAACGGCUUCCCGACGAGGAGACGCAAGAUCUGUAGAAUACUGGUCAGGACGACCUGUUAUCAGUAUCGAGCUUGCGCCCCUGCCUUCUGUUCGUCUUCCCAUCGAAAAGCCCUGGUCAGCGAUACAACUCAAAUUUGGCGAUCCAACUCCACUUCUACAAGGUCGCGAUCCCUUUUUGUACAACCCACGCAAGGCAAUGGUGGACAAGGAAAAAUCACUAGUGGUGGAAAACGAACACCUGGACUUUCUGGUCUUGUUGCAAAACCCCUAUAUUUUCGACCUUGAAUUAGAAAAGGUCUCUCUGAGCACGUCCGGGGUGGAAUUUGAUUCGGAAAGCGUUCGUGUCGUCAUUCCAGCGAAUUCUGUCCAUCAGGUAAUAUUGUCGGGCAAGGCGCUCCAAUCUGGGGUUCUCACUAUUCGUGGAUGCAUUGUUCAAGCCCUUGGCGGGGUUUCCAGAGAAUACAUUCUUCCCUUAUACAGCAACGAAGAGGAGCAGAAGCAUCUUCGCAAAAGAGGUCUCCAAGCGUGUGAGGCCGGUCGUGCUAAACAUCCCGGUCUGGCAUCGUUUGCGGGCGACAAGGAACGAAGGCUUAACGUUACACAAGGGAUUAUUGAGCAGUCUACUACACCAUCCUUUCGGUUUUUGGAGUGCAAGGUUGUCCCGGAGCAACCCUUGCUGAGAAUACGUAGGACGUCUGUGACUCAUGGUGCACUGAUGCUAUACGACGGUGAAAGCUCUACGAUUCGGCUAACAAUCGAUAACAUUUCUUCUAUUCCUGUCAACUUCUUGCGUCUCGCGUUUGAAGACUCUACGAUAGCUCACGCGCAACAAAUUCUUGCAGAAGGAAAUCUCUCUGUUUAUGAUACCUACGAGACAGAGCAUGAUCUCAUCAACAGACCUGUGUUCUCAUGGACGUCUGAUGAAUCCAGACCCAUCGCACCAAAUCAGAACCUAACGCUUACUUUGUCGUGUUUUGGCAAAGUCGGGUGUACGCACGGGACGAUACAUAUUUCAUAUGCCCACCUUGCCCAUCAGACCUCGGCUCCUGAGGUUUUCUACCUUCGUCAAGUGUCUUAUCCUCUGACGGUGACGGUUUACCACAUGCUUGAAUGUUGUAACAUGGAAAUUCUUCCCUUCCCGUCGUACGCAGGCACCGCCCAUAAGACUUCUCAUCCAAGGGAGGGUGUGACUAAAGAGCUUGUGGUAGAUCAAAGUUCAGGCUGGUGUCUGUUCUCUAUUGAAGUGCGGAAUACAUAUGGAUUGCCAUUUGAUGUCAAGUUUGAAAGGAUACGAGAUGGAGUAACAGUAACAUCAAUCUUUGCGACCAUUCCCCCAGGAUCUAUGUCAAGGCUUGCGAUACCUCUCAACAAAAUUGUGCUCAGUGAAGAACAACUUUCACGUCCAAUACCUACCCUAUCGGAUAGGCAGUUCGUCGUCACAAAAACCAGCCUUUCUGAAGCAGAAGCUAGAACGCAGCGAGAGCUUUUCUGGUACCGAGAAGAACUAUUUAAAUCUGUAUGUGGUCAUUGGCAAGAGACGGGAGGAGUAAGAACGGGGGAGCUUUCUCUUCGGGGUCAGCGAUUGACUCUACCAAUGCUCAAGGAGCUUCGCCUGGAAACGGUCGAAGUGACGGUGGGGUUAGCGAUGUGCGAAGACGAAGGUUCUUCGCUUCAGCAGAGUGGUACAAAGUACUCCCUGAAAUCGAGCGAAUUCAUUCAUCUUUGCACACGUAUUACAAAUCUGUCAGGUGGGAUGAGUCGUUUACUUCAGAGAUUUUGCGUCUUCUAA